AUGCGGGCUGCUCAGUAGCAUCGUUUGACACCCACUUAGUCAAUCCAUGAUUUUCAAGCUCUCGCGCGAAAGAGAGUCAUUUGUUGUUUCAUCCGCCUGGUUCUCGGCGGACGUUCCGCGCCUCUCAAUGUUCAUGUUUGUCCCCCAUCAGUUAUAACCACGCACGCUAUCACAAGAUCUUUCACCUCUCCACUUUCACCUGUCGGCAGAUCAACUGCAGUCUGGGGCCCUGAUGCCGACGCCUUCCGCCGUGAGAGGUGGUUGCGCGCAGAGGAUGAUGAGCUCAGGGCGAUGCAAGCGGCGGUAGACACACAAUUUGGGGGCGGCAAGUAUAGUUGUCUUGGCAAGCCUAUUGCCAUGAUGGAGUUGCACAAGAUGGUCUUCAAGCUACUGCGACAUUUUGAUGUUGCGCUCAUGGAUUCCCAAAGAUUCAUCAAAGUACGGUCAGGGGUGUUCAUGAGUGCGUCGAACUUCUGGGUCAAGCUUGAUAAGAGAGCUGCCUGAUCGUGUGUGGAUUUAGAUUGUCAUUGAGAUGACAACGUGGUGUAAUUUUGGUUGGCAAACAGGAG